AUGUUACUUACUACAAUUUCAGUGGUCUUGGGAGACUAUUCUGAUGGGGCUUUGCUUCUUGAGCAUUCUCUUAACCACAAGACACAUUCUGCAUCACCUUUAGCAUCAGUUGCUAUCUCAACUCUGCUUGUGUACCUCAUCAGAUCCAAGACUCACGCCAUCUCUUCUAUUGGACAUUUACCAAAGGGUUUGAAUCCACCUUCAUCAAACAUGUUGUACUUCAGUAGUACUCAUCUUGCUCUUGCCAUCAAGACCGGGUCUUUCUCUCGGUCUGCCGUAAGCUACAAUACUGGAGCAAAAACCGCGGUUUUUAACAUUGUGAUGGCCUCGGCUGUUCUUGUGACCCUUUUGUUCCUGAUGCCACUCUUCUACUACACUCCUAAUUUGAUCCUAGCCGCCAUCAUUUUAACCGCCGUGAUAGGUGGGAGUUUCGGUCCUCAAGAUCUUGUUGCAUGUAACCAGGCCAAACACUUUAGAAUUUGGAUCAGAUAUAUCAGAGCCUUGAAAGAUAUAGAGGAGCCUCAAGAAUCCCUGGUUUCCUAA